GGAGGAGAGAAGAGUCCCGAGGCCAGAGGGGGAGAGGGGGAGAGGUCGAGGGCGAGGGCGAGGUGAGAAGGCUGUGCUCUCUUCUGUCGUCCCCUCCGAGAGGUCUCGAAGAAAUCUCGAGGGGAGACGAGGGCAGACGACGGGAAGUGGAGGGGAGGGGAGGGGAGGCGAGAAGGGCGAGCGAGCUGAGCAUAUCGAUAGCGGGGAGGGAACGGCGCACGAGGAGGAAGGAGGUCGGAGGGAAAAGGUGGGAAGUGGUCGAUCGUUUCUUGACGGGGAGCAUUUGUGCCCGCAGAUGGCGCGGCUCCUGUGAUGCUGUGCAGGUUUCUGGCCGAGGUGUUCGUCGAGCGAGCGAUCGUCGAGCAGCGAGCGGGACGGUGGGGCGGAGCGAGCAGAGCGUGAGGGAUUUGGGUAUGGCUGUAGCGUGAGGGAGGGAGGCAGGUGGAGGGCGAGAGGUGUCCGGGCGGGAAGGAGAGUCGGACUCGAAGCCAGGAGUAGGCCGUAAUGGCGGGGAGGAGGAUGACGCUCGCUGGAGUGGUCGCCGUUGUGUUGCUGGCUUUGGUUUCGUCCUGCUUGGCGGAGAUCAGGCAGUCCGAGAUCCGAGAUGACAACCGGCAGAUGAUAAUGUUCGAGAAAUUUGGUUUCGAUCGGAACGGCAAGAUCAACAUCACUGUCAGUAAUGUUCAGGUCACUAUGGACGAUGCCUCGGAGGCUGAUUAUGACAUGCUUGGAUUUUUUCUUACUACCGAGGAGGAUUUAGUAGCCGUUCUCGUGGAGACUGAGGAACAAAUGUCGCAGACCUGCGUUCUGAAGAACAGCCAAAUCAAAACCUUGUUCACCCUGAAAGAGGUCAAGCUGACGGAAACUUUCACCAGAUCUCUGAGCCCACCCGAUGCGAAUGAAUACACUCUGUUCUUCGCGAACUGUCUGCGUCGUAGUCAGGUUUCAAUGGAUGUGAGAACUGCGAUGUACAAUCUGGAGGGUAAAUCCAAUACCCCCGACUACCUGCCUGCGGGCCAGACGCAGCUACCCAAACUCUUCUUUUCCUUUUUCGUGAUCUACGUAUUUUUGCUUGGGGUGUGGAUCUACACCUGCGUCAAGCAUCGAGACACCGUACACCGGAUCCACAUUCUCAUGGGAGUUCUGGUGUUCCUUAAGGCCCUCAACUUGGUGGCCGAAGCCACGGAGAAGUCGUACAUUAAGAAGACUGGAUUGGCGCACGGAUGGGACAUUGCUUUCUACAUCUUCGGGUUUCUGCGAGGAGUCAUGCUCUUUACGGUGAUUGUGUUGAUUGGCACGGGUUGGUCCUUCCUGAAGCCUUACUUGCAGGAGAAAGAGAAGAAGGUCCUCAUGGUAGUCAUCCCUCUACAGGUUUUCGCGAAUGUGGCCAGUAUAGUCAUUGACGAAACUGGUCCUUCCACCAAAGAUUGGUUCACCUGGAAGCAGGUGUUUCUUCUAUUGGAUAUCAUCUGCUGCUGUGCCGUCCUCUUCCCCAUUGUGUGGUCCAUCAAGCACCUCCGAGAAGCUUCACACACCGACGGGAAGGCGGCGAGGAAUGUAGUGAAGCUCACUCUGUUCCGACACUAUUACAUGGUCGUCGUCAGUUACAUCUACUUCACCCGAAUUGUUGUUUUCGCAGUCACCACGGUCACCGCCUACCACUACAGAUGGACUAGUGAUCUGGCCGAGGAGCUUGCAAGCCUUGCAUUCUACCUCUUCACAGGGUACAAGUUUAGGCCUGUUGUACACAACCCCUACUUUGUUCUGGAAGAGGAAGAGGAACAGGAAAUUUUGACUCAAGAUCAAUUGAAGGAUGAUGAGUUUGACCUGUAAACGUCGAAGUUUUGACCUCGUCCCAAAGAAAGGGUGGAAAUCCAGAGCAGUGGAGAAAGGAGAUAUCGGUCCCGCCAGGAGGGCCAGGCGGGAUUCUGGUCAAUGCAUAUCGCCCUACUCUUUUCGACGGAGCGUAAAUGGAUAACAAGGACACAUGUGUUACCUUGAACGAUGUUGUAGAAGUCAAUGGGAGGUUCUAGUCACAAAAGAGUUCAAACCUAGGCUUGACAUCAUUACGAGCUUCUCAGAAAGGCGAAGAUUGGGGCUUCGUUCUACUGUUUUAGGCGGUUGAAAUUGGGAGCCUGAAGAGAAUACGGUGCAGCACAGCGUUGUUGGAGGCGGGUUGCCUCUCGUUGAUGCCCCGUACGAUAUUUAGAUCUUUCGGACUGUUAGUUGAUAAUAGGUUGCCCGUAUUUCAACCCUAACUAUUCAUCAGUUGCCUUCAUUUCUUUCUCCAAUAGUUGGCCGGCCUCUAUUUUGUUUCUCACCAUUGGCAGCAAUUGUGCUCUGCGCGGUAGGCUGUUCGCUUCAUCGACUUGUUCACUCGAUAUGGACGAACUCAGGUUGUAAUGAUGUUUCACUUCAUUAUAUCAGUGGACCAAUUUUAGUAAGAUGCCGCUGUCUUUUCGAAUUGUAUACAGGAUUUGUGUAGCCACGCGAUCAAUUGAACUCCGUACUGCCGAAAUAUUGUCAAGGGGAUUAACCUUUUCUCUCCCCUAGCACUAGUUGUGUGCUGACGUUAAAGUUGGGUAGCUAUAAUUCGUAUGUUCAUAAACCUCUCUUCAGCCACUUAGAUCCCUUGUUGCCCUUUGGACGUAUUUAAUAUCUUGGAUCGUGUUUUCAGUCGGUGU